CUCAGCAGCCGCCUGUCCUAAUAAAGGCGCCGGUCGGACGGACAGACGGACAGACAGCAGCAGCAGGACCUUAAAUACCUCGCAGCGUCUCUAACGGGACAUUUGACAGCUGGGAGGACGCGUUCAGGUCCGUUCGGACAUUUUGCUCUCUCUCCUGCUCCUCGGAUGGAGCUGCAGCAGCUCCCGCACAGACUGCACCGCCCGCCCGCCGCCCGCCGCCGGGUCUGAAGCUGCGUGCUGCUCGGUGUGUCUCUGAAAGGGGGACCGUUGUGAUUCCGUCCUCUCCGUCUUCCAGCAGGCCGCCGUCUCCUCCGUGACUCUCUGUUCCCAUGCGAUUCUUCAGACUCACAUUCAAGUGUUUCGUGGAUUGUUUUUGAAGGUCGCGGUCCGGCCGUCGGUGUUAAUCCCUUUCUGUUUUUAUUUUCACAUUUUUAGAGUUUGUAAAUUUUUCUCUCAUUUUCGAUUCGGGAAAAGAAAUGUCUCCGGAUUAUUACUAGCCAUUUUGGAAUUUUACACAUUAAAUCUGAAAUCAAACCGUGUGGUCAAAAUUGGAUCGAUAAAUUAAAGAACUGGUUCUGGGUCGUCCGGUUCCGGCUGAUCCGCGAGCUGCUGAGGGGAAUAAUAAUCCCAUUUAUUAUUACUGAACCAGAAGAUCUACGGAGGACUGUACGGGACUGAGCUGGACCUGCUGCGGACUGGUUUCUGACUGGUUACUAACUGGUUUCUGGGUCUGAGAGAAGGUGAACAGAAGGUGAGCAGGUCACAGAUUAUAAACUGAGUUUUUAAAGAGACAGAGGGACGACAAGACUGAGAUUAUAUUGCAGCCAGUGCUGACUGGUUUUAGGAUUAAAAGAAGAGACUUCAGCCUUUUAAAGGAACUAAAAACUGUGAAAUUAAAAGACAAAGGGGGACUGAACUAACUUCUGCAACCAGCGCUGACUGCUGCUGUACUGACUGGUUCUGUGCUGGUUUUGGGGGAAACUGGGACGAAGACAGGGACUGUGGGAAACCAGAGACUGGACUCAAACCUGCAGGCAUUAAAGGGGAACCCUGAGUGAGACGCAGACCGACAUAUAGACCCCUGACGACUGGUUCCUGACUGGGUGUGAUGGAGAAGCAGGCCCUGCCAGCCUCCUCCUGCUCCCUGGUCCUCCUGGAGGAGUCCAAGAGGAACCCCCUCCUCCUGUCUAACGGCGGCGGUUACCCCCCCGCGGCCACUAAUGGCAGCCUCGUCCCGCUGUCGGCAGCGGGGUCCGGCGGCGGCGUGGUGGGCGGUGUUUGUGCCGGACCGGAUAAGAAAGGUGUGGUGACGGGGGCGGAGUCAGGAUACCAGGAGCGGGAGACGUGGACCCGGCAGAUGGACUUCAUCAUGUCCUGCGUGGGCUUUGCUGUCGGACUCGGCAACGUGUGGAGGUUCCCUUACUUGUGCUACAAGAACGGAGGAGGCGUCUUCCUGAUCCCCUACCUGCUGAUCGUCUUUGUCGGAGGAAUCCCCAUCUUCUUCCUGGAGAUCGCUCUCGGACAGUUCAUGAAGGCCGGCAGCAUCAACGUGUGGAACAUCGCUCCGCUGUUUAAAGGUCUGGGUUAUGCCUCCAUGGUGAUUGUAUUUUUCUGUAACACCUACUACAUCAUGGUGUUGGCCUGGGGCUUCUACUACCUGAUCAAGUCCUUCAGCGCCACCCUCCCCUGGUCCACCUGUGACAACGAAUGGAACACGCCCAGCUGCAUCGAGAUCUUCCGUCACCAGGACUGCAACAACGCCAGCUUGGCCAACACUACCAUCAGCGGCAACAUGACCUGCGCCGAGCUGGCUAACGCACGAUCGCCCAUCAUUGAGUUCUGGGAGAACAAGGUGCUGAACAUCUCCUCUGGUCUGGGAGAAAUGGGAGAGUUUAACUGGGAGCUCUUGUUGUGUCUGAUGGCCGUCUGGGUUAUGGUUUACUUCUGCGUCUGGAAGGGAGUCAAAUCCACUGGAAAGAUUGUGUACUUCACGGCGACCUUCCCCUACGUGGUCCUCAUCAUCCUGCUGGUCAGAGGAGUCACGCUUCCUGGAGCCUACAACGGCAUCAUGUACUACAUCAAACCUGAUUGGUCCAAACUGCAGGAGGCUCAGGUGUGGAUCGACGCCGGCACUCAGAUCUUCUUCUCCUACGCCAUCGGGCUGGGAGCUCUGACCGCUCUGGGCAGCUACAACCGCUUCAACAACGACUGCUACAAAGACGCCUUCCUCCUGGCGAUGAUCAACAGCGGAACCAGUUUCUUUGCUGGUUUCGUCGUGUUUUCUAUUCUGGGCUUCAUGGCUGCUGAGCAGGGAGUCGACAUCUCACAGGUGGCUGAAUCAG